AUGGAAUUUCAUGUGAUGCUGAUUGUGAUUGGCUGCUUUCUGCAAGGGAGUCAGGGACUUAAGAUUGCAGCAUUUAACAUCCAAAGAUUCAGUCAGGCAAAAGUCGAUGAUCCUGUAACUCUUGACAUUCUUAUCCGGAUUUUACAAAGGUAUGAUCUCAUCACCAUUGAAGAAGUCAUGAUUUCCGAUAACACAGCAAUUACAAAUCUAGUGGAAAAACUGAAUCGUGCAACCCAUCUAAACUACAAUUACAUCAUCUCUGACUACCUUGGACGCAGUUCUUAUAAAGAAAAAUAUGCAUUUGUGUACAAAGAGAAAAUUCUCAAGCCAAAGGGAUGGUACCACUUUGAUGAUGGGUGUGAACAAUGUGGGACUGACACUUUCAUCCGUGAACCUUUUAUAGUGCAUUUUCACUCCCUUACCACAAUUGUGAAGGACUUUGUUCUGGCAGCCAUCCACACCAGUCCAAGUUAUGCAGUCAGAGAGGUUGAUGCGUUGUAUGAUGUUUGGGCCGAUGCAAGAAAACACUUCAAAACAAAGAACAUUCUGAUACUUGGAGAUUAUAAUGCAGCCUGUCAUUAUGUCACGGAGAAAGAUUGGCCCAAAAUACGGUUGCGUCACUUUAAGGAAUUCCAGUGGUUGAUUGGUGAUGAAGUAGAUACAACUGUUAGUACACACACACACUGUGCCUAUGACAGGUUUGUUGUAACCAAAGAUGGACUGCUUGAUGCCGUAGUUCCUGGCUCAGUGAAGGCCUUCAAUUUCCAGAAAGCUUAUCACCUCUCAUAUCAUACAACCGAAGAAGUCUCAGAUCAUUAUCCUAUUGAACUUGAACUGAAAGAUGAUCCUUACAGCCCUGAUUUUUACUAUGAGACAGGGCAGACAAUCGGCAUCAGCGGUGGAACCUCUGGCGGUCCUUGUGACUGUAAAGGGGUUGAUAUGAGUUCUUGCGCUGGACGAUGUGGAGCCUAUUCACAGAGUUUUCCUUGCAGCUGUACAGCGAGCUGCUCCAGAUAUGAAGACUGCUGUGCUGACUUUGACAAGUAUUGUUAAGGUUCCACAUAAUGAUAGUGAGAAAGUUGCCAGGAGGCAUGAAAGUUUAAUUAAAAAUGCAUUCUAGAAGACAAUAAAG